AUUCAAACUCAACAUUCCACCGCUUUCCACAGAUCACCUCAUCGAGAGACUCACUUUCGGCGAGCCCUACCCGAGUCAUCGGCCUGUCCAGUCACUAGUAUAAAGCGACUUGCCACCCGGCUUGGUCCCUUACUUUCCCUCGACAUUAUGUUAGCGCAACCCACAAGACGUCAGCACAUUGUACCACAAUCCUACACGCCAACCAACCCGUCAUCACCUUCCUCACAACAACUUGCCUACCAGCAAAUACCUCAACAAUUCGCCACACAACAACAGCUGUUUGACCAGAAGCUGCUCAACGACUACCUCGAGUCUCAGCAGCAUUCUUACAGCACAAAUUCCAACGCGCACAACUCGUUCAUGACGAGCGCCUAUACCGACUUCGCGAAUCCGGCGAUCCGCGUCCAACAGUCGACACCCACACCGCAGCCCUCAAACGACUAUCAGUCAUCCAUGCUUCCUAACGGCUGGAACGCCUAUGGGAAUGUACAGAACCAGUCACUACAGACACCUGCACAGAGUCAGAACAGAGGGCAUCAGCGCGCGUCUUCAUCCUCGUCAAUAGGAUCCAGUGCAUCGCAGUACCAGACUGUCCCUGCAGCCAGCUAUCAGACAUUCUCGAAUCAUCUGCCAACUCCUUCUCACACACCUACUCAAGAUUCGUUUAUGAGUCAGGCCACCUUCAACAACUACACACAACAGUCCAGCAUGGAUCAGACUAUGGCUGCACACAUGUCGAUGAAGCAGGCCUUGAUGGAUCAAGGCGACGAUGUUCCAGACUUCGCUCAUUCAGCGAGGCAGUCUGUGUCGAGUUACGAUUCUCCUGCGACCCCACACACUGCGUUGGAUGAGUCCGAUGUGAAGCCCGUUAAUGGUGAGAAUCUCCACAAGGUCGACUCAUGGCUUUUCAAUCAGUUCUGUACUUACGAUGCUACAUCAGAUACCCGACAGCAGCCCAUUGUACCCAAAUUUGAGAGGACAUAUACGGACAUUGCUGCCGACAACUUUUACGACCCGAAUGCUGCAUCUGCCCCUGCAGUACAACCAUCAAAGCCAUCACAGUCAUCACUCUUGUCUCCUUACCGCAGCAACACUACAGAGAAUGUCCAGCGUGCGCUGCAGGCAGCGCAGUAUGCGCGGUCGCACUCACCUAGCAGUACGGUGUCUCGUGGCGAUUCUCCGUUCCGUAAGGGCUCACCUUAUCAUCAACCCAGCCACAGCUUCAACUCACCAAUGCUCGGCACUGCUGCUGCGACACGUGAGCAGAACCGCCGUGCGGACACUGCGUACGCAAUGAAGUCGCAGAUGCAGUCCGAAGAUUCUGUGGUAAAGACCAUUUCGCCAAAGGAUGCCAUGCUGGACUUCCGAGAGGAUGAUGACUCGAAGAUGCCACUGUUUCAAGACAGUGGCGCAAAUGAGUACAACAACCAAUACAACGGUGGCGACCAAUAUAGGAACGCCACUCAAUCCGGCUUCGACACAACAUCAGCACAGUCCUACCGACGUGACAGCUGGGCAACACCGCAGUUCUCACCCAACUUCUCGACAUCAACCGCGCCUUCACUGCCAACUACCACAAGUUUCAACUUCGUCACUCCUGCGAUCCAAAACAACAUGACGAGCAUGCCUAUGGUUGCCGCAUCGCAAUACCGAACCACUCCCAUGACGUCUUCCGUGGAUCAGACACCUGAAUUCCCUGCUCAUCCUCACCUGACAUCAAUGGAGUCCAGCGCCAGCGAGGCCGAUCCUCCAAACGGCAGCCAGUCCAGCGUCGAACAGUUCUUGCGCAAACCAGUAUCAUCUGCCGCUGACUCGGGGACAUACUCCUGCACAUACCACGGUUGUGCUCAGCGCUUCGAGACCCCUCAGAAACUUCAAAAGCACAAGCGCGAAGGCCAUCGGAAUGCCAAUCUUGGCCCCAGUAUGACAUCAGCGGCUAUCCUAGACCGCAACACACAAGCGGGGCCGCACAAGUGUGAGCGCAUCAACCCCACAACCGGCAAGCCUUGCAACACUAUUUUUUCUCGACCGUACGAUCUCACCCGUCACGAGGACACCAUUCACAAUGCUCGCAAACAGAAGGUCCGCUGCGCACUGUGCGUCGAGGAAAAGACUUUCUCCCGCAACGACGCAUUGACACGCCACAUGCGUGUCGUGCAUCCCGAAGUGGACUUUCCAGGAAAGCACAGAAGGCGUGGUGGCUCUGAUUGAAGAGCUUGCUCCUUGUAACGAUAUUUGCGAUCACU